GUCAGGUGAUUAUAGUGGCUUGCAGUAGCAACAAACACCCACAUUUGUGUUAUUCCUUACUUAUCAACACGCGUUGUAAAAUUUACAAUUGACUGAUUUAUUUAUUUAGUUAUUUGUUUAUCGCUCGUCCUGUAAUGGAGCAACAGAUCACAAGAGAAGAUGCGUUAACACGGAAAGGCUACAAACAUGCGUGUCAUAUUAUGCUGUACGGAGACUCCAGUGCCAAACUCUUCGGGAAAAUCCCAAUCAAACACAUAGUACUGAUUACUGUCAUUCAGAUGCAGAUGCGUUUUGAUGGCUUGCUGGGUUUCCCAGGGGGAUUGGUGAACCCGUCUAAUGAGACGCUGGAGGCGGGGCUUAGCAGAGAACUACACGAGGAGGUGGGCGUGGCUGUGCCUGUGGGCGUGGACAAUCAUGUGUCCACCUGCCUUUCUUCAUCCUGCCCUGGGCUCAUCACGCACUUCUACAUCAAAAAGAUGGCAGAGUCAGAGCUGAAAGAGCUUGAGACAGCAGCUGUAGCUAAAGCCACAGACCAUGGUUUAGAGGUGUUAGGUAUGGUCAGAGUGCCGCUUUACUUUCUGAGGAAUGGAGGUGGUCUCCCCUAUUUCCUGUCCCACUCGUUCAUCAGUAACUCUCGGGCCCAGCUGCUCUCUGCCCUGCAGCGCUGUAGGCUGCUGUCCCAGGGGGAGAUAGAGAAGGCUGUGAGUCAGGCUGAGCAGAUGAGACGCACACGCAGUGGUGAUCCGCACUGACAUCAGUUUACACAGCGGUGCCUUUUCACCCCUGGGCCACAGCUACAUCACAGAAGCCCAACCCCCCUAGUGCCAGUAGAAACUCCCUCUUGUCCUCACCCUACCCUCAGUUCCUGAUUGAACCAUGUACAGCAUGUACUCUCUGUAGAUACCCUGUGUCUCAUUAUACCUGUU